CUCUUUAGAGCAGUUGCGAAGCCCUGGCGCCCGCAGCGCGGCGCAGGCACGGCGGAUGUUCGCUACGCCGCGGCAAGGGGGUGCUCUCGGCACCGAUGUCGCGGGCGUGCGGCCGGGCCGCGUGUCCACCGCCAGCAGCAGCAGCCCGGCCUUCGACUCGGUGUUGAUGGUGGAGUUGCGCGAGGUGCGCGAGUCGUUGCGGAACCUCACGGGCGUGGCAACCAGCAUCCAGGAGCACGUCUCCAUGCUCCACCGGCGCAUGCCAGCGGAUUCCGCCUUGCCGCAGGCGCCCGGCCCCAGCUGCCCCGCGCCGGCGGGCAGCCAGAGGGCGCCGCUGAGCACCGUCAACCAGCUGGCGGCGGCGGCCCCCGCCGCUGGCCUCGGCACAUCGAUCGGGUCGUCCCUGCAGCCGCUGCCGCUCGCGGCCGAGCCGGGGCUGCAGGCCGCAGUUUCCACAGCCCCGGGCUCCAGCACGGCCGCGGUUCCAGCGCAGGCAGAGGCGGGCGGGCUCUCCAUGGAGCUGCCGGAUUCCGCUGUCUUUCCGAGGCACACCACCGCCAGUUCGAGGGGAUCCCAUUCUCCAGCGCGUCGGGUGGGCUCGGUAGUGUCAAGGUCAAGCACCGGGCAGACUGGAAUGUCCAGCCAGUCGAGCCAGCUGAGGGAGACAAUUGUGCUCACCAGGCGCGACAUCGCACGCGCCGACGACCCAACGAGGGGUGUGAUCGGGUCAACGUCGAGGCUGACGACGCCAGUCAUCAGGUCUGCUCGGGACGUGUACCUGAGCGAGGAGGGCCGCAGCACCGCAAUAGUUCGGAGGAUCUCGCUCCUGUCGAACAACUCCUUGCUGUCAGCCAUGGGCCACGUCUUCUGCUGGACCGGAUCUGGCCAGACGAAGAGGCGGUGCACGCCGCUGCACCCGUCGUCACAGGUGCGCCUGGCGAUUGACCUGCUGAGCCUCGUUGCGCUGCUGUACGACCUUGUCACGGUGCCUUACUUGCUGGCCUUCGACACGCCGCUCCAGGGCGCCCUGCUGGCCAUAUCGAGCGUGACCAUCGCGUUCUGGACUCUGGACCUGGUGCUGAACUUCUUCACGGGCUCCCUGUCAGCCGAGAACCACCGGAUCAGCGUGAACCUGAGG